CAGUGUUACCCCCCCACUACCUUUUAAAACUACACAUAAAAUCCUUUAAUUUAUUUGCGUUUUUGUCAGUAUGAUUACACUUUUCGGAGACGUAUUAUGGGGACUACCACGAACAGGAGAAAUAAAUUUGCAAGCAACAACGAAAUGGAGCACUUCAAUUCGGCUGAGAAGAUAAUUGUGCCAUUGGAUAAUCAAGUGGAAGAUCCGUUCCUGGGGGAGGAGUUCGAAUGGCUGUCGCAGUGGACUAAGCUGAACGCUGAAAAUUUCGACGGUGAAGCAAAGAAAAGCGACACAAAGCCCACAAAAUUGACAUUGCACGUAAAAGAUGUGAUGAAGCAGUCCUCGAUGUACAAGAAACAAAUACAUGAACUCAAUUCACAAAAUGUUUUCUUGGUCAAGGAAAUGGAUAUUCUGAAAGAUUUUGAGCAACAGAUGGGCGAUUUGCAGCUUUUAAGCUCGCAGAAGGAGCAUCUAACUAUUGAACGUGACGGUCUGCUGCUGCAGAUAGAAGAGGCAAAGGAAAAGUGUGUAAAAGUUCUUCAAAAGCUGGAGGAGCAAGGCAAAACAAUGCAGGAGAUGAAUAACCAUUUUCACCGUGAACUUGCGGAGUGUGAGAGGCUGCGCACGGGUACGCUCAAUGCUCUGGAGCACCAGGACAAAAAACAUUUACUCGAAAUGGAAAGGCUUGAGCAAAACCUUGAAAACAAUUUUUCGGAGCUCAAUACUUGCGCCCUUUGUGUGCGCCCCUGGGACUCGGAUGGGGUGCAUCGUUUGGUUUCGCUGGCCUGUGGCCAUCUCUUUGGCGACAAGUGCAUCCGGGAUCAUCUACGCCACGCUUUGUAUUGCCCAAUCUGUAAGCAGGCUGCACAUGAACACAACCUUCGCUACAUCUAUGGGCGUAACAUUUUUCCAUAUGAAAAUUAACAAGAACAAAAUUAUCAGUUGAAAUAUUGAAUUUAAUAUAUAAUUUUUAAAAACGUAAUAUCUAUGCUGUUUGAGAAAAAAAUCAUUUAAUUACAAGACUAACAAUGUUAGAGGGUCAGAACAAA